AUGAGUGGGUUCAGCAAGGUCAUGAAAGAUGGGUGGCACCCGGAAGGUAAAAAUGGCAAGAAGGAAAGCUGGCGCAAUGACUUCAAGGGCAUCAAUCAAGUGGCCGGCUGGAUGGGCAAGGGGAAGGACCCUGACUCCGACCGAUCCGACCAUGUCGCCCAGCCAUUGUCAUCCUUGAAGGAUCCUUCAUCCUUUGCACCCCCUCCGAAGCACGUCAAUUACCAUGGGGCUGCUGCUACAGUGCAGUCUCGGAGCCAAUCGACUUCGGACCAAAGGGGCAUCGGGGCCCCGCUUUCGCAAAGCCAAGUCGACCAUCAGAAUGCUCAACAACAAGAAGCUAUUGAUGCAGAAAAAGAGGCAGUGGAGAAGCCUAAACCACCGCCUGUUCCCUAUCGUGUGAACACUACUGGGCUGAGUACGAACAAUCUCCCUCCACCUCCGCGACGUUUAGACUCGCCGAGUUCUGGGUCCACCAGCGCCAGCGCCAGCUCCAAACCGAAGCCGUCGCUGCCUCCUCGAGUUCCUCCUCGCAAUCCCACGCACGCAUCGAAUGAUGAUGUCCCGCCCCCUGCCUAUACUCCGGUGGCGCCCUCGCCGUCCCAGGGAUACAUCAACCAGGAGGCCACAUCGCGCCUCUCGAACGCUGGGGUUUCAGUCCCCGCACUGGGAAUCGGGCAGGCGAAUGUCCCGCUUCUCGACUAUGCGAACCGAUUCGGGGUUACACUCAACUCCGCCUCCCCGCCUGCGCGAUCUUCUACACUGCCAUCUCAGCAAGGCUUCCGUGAACGCCAUGCGGACAAGAUUGAUUUUGGAAAGCAGAAGCUUGGAGGGGCGAAGUCACGAAUCAACACGUUUGUUGACGACCAUCGGUCUUCACCUGCUGCACCUAGCCCGCCGUCCCAAUCCUCGACGCUUCCGCCUCGGGAUGCGGAAGACGCGCUUCCACCGGCGCAAGGAUUCCGGGAGCGACACGCCGACAAGAUCGAUUUUGGAAAGCAGAAGCUUGGAGGGGCGAAGUCACGAAUCAACACGUUUGUUGACGACCAUCGGUCUUCACCUGCUGCACCUAGCCCGCCGUCCCAAUCCUCGACGCUUCCGCCUCGGGAUGCGGAAGACGCGCUUCCACCGGCGCAAGGAUUCCGGGAGCGACAUGCCGACAAGAUCGAUUUCGGCAAACAGAAACUGGGCGGAGUGACCUCGCGUAUCAACGCGCUGGUUGAGGAUCAGAAGUUUUCGGCGAACGCAAAUAAGCGGAUCCCUCGCCCCCCCGGCGCCAAUUCUCCCACCGCUAGCUCCCCGACAGCCAGUUCUGCAGCGGGGACAGGUAGUUCUCCCGUCACGGCAGCACCCGGCGCUACCAUUGAGGCUCAAGCCCAGCGCAAGAAGGCUCCUCCCCCUCCCCCACCUAAGAGGGCGGAUAUACGCGCAGCAUCAGCAGUCGCCAGCGAGUCGCCGGUGUCAUCGUCUGCGUCGACACCACCGCCGCUUCCGCUCAACUCGAAACCCCGCUGA